UUUUGCAACGACCCCACUUUUAUUUGCAUCAAACACGACUCUCAAAAAUCUCCGAAGAACCAUUUAUUUUUAUCCGAGUAUCUAGUAUUAUUUACAACGACUACGAAGUUAUUAAGUAAGGCGUGCUUGAUAGUUUCUGUUUCGACACUUUUCUUUUCCCUACAAGAGAUCACUUGUUACAGUUUGCAGCAUCUGUAUGGAUGUGUCAGAGUUGAAAUCGACAGAGUUGAAAUGAUUUGUCAUGCAUAAAAUGGAUACCAGUUGGAAGCCCAAUUUUCAAGCAGCGCGUGACAAAUUUUUGGAGCACCGGAAUCCAAUUUGUCAUGCUGUUUGGGCACAGAAGACUGCUUUUGACAUGCUCUUUUAGCAGCUCUAUCCCAAACCCUAAAUAGGCUCACAAUCUGCCUCACUUGCCAUCCCGGCAAGACAGGCACUCCAUCUCUUGCAUUCUAUGCAUGACAAAUCAUUUCAACUUUGACGAUUUCAAUCCUGACAGUUCCAUAAUCUGUUCUACAAAUAA